AUGGAAGAAAGCGGCGGCGGAAGCAUCAGCAGCAAUGGUGUGGUGAUGAAGAUGAAGAUGAAGAUGAAGAAGAAGGAGGAAGGAUUAGGGUUUUCGAAUGGGGGAAUGAAAUUAGAGAAUCCAUUUGCUUUCAAAGCUCUUCAAGUCUUCACGGGAUUCGGCGUAGGUUGUGGAGUCGGAAUCGGCAGAGGUGCUCCUAUAAAUCUCGGUAGUAUUCCAAUGGUGGGGGAAGUUAUGAGCGCAGCUAGAGGAGCAACCAAUGCGUUUUCUGGAGCCACGCACCACGUGAAUGACGCUUUGAGGAAGCUGGGAGCUAGGAACAUUAAAGCAGGUGUUGGCUGUGGAGUUGGUUUCGGUCAUGGUUUUGGAGUUGGCCUCGCGGUGAAACCAAGUGCCAUACACAAGCUUCAAGCUACUAUUAUGGGAACUGCAUCCAACUUGCUGGCAAAACUCGGAAAAACGAGUGAGACCACCACCUUAAGUGCACCCGAGAUAGAAGAACAGGGGUUUCAAUCUCUGACCGGUCACAAGGGACACGUGGACACACAAGCAUCUUACAAGAACAGUGGUUCCUCUAUUGACUCAAGAACGUUUGGUACUCGAACUGAGAAAGUGAUCAACAGUUUCCUCGACAACCCCAUUCUGAAACAAGACACGGCUGUAGAAAAACCACAGGUCACACAGUUAGAAUCGGAGAGCUUGAUGCUUCAGAUGGUGCUGAAACAUCAAAAACUCGUCAACGAGCUAAUAGAAGAGAACGAGAAGCUUCGAAGGAUUAUCAUAGAAGAUCUCAAAGUUUCACCCGAAAAACUCAAAUCAGUUUCCUCUUACAACAAGUACGAAUCACCAUGCAAAGAUUGCUUCAAGUGCCGUAGAAAACAGAGAAGAAAUAGAUGA